AUGGCAACCAACACAGAUACUGCAUCCACUUCGAGCACUUCGCAGCCCAAGGGUCUGACUGCCGACCUGACGAGUGGGGAAAUCAAGGAGCAGAUCCUCGAGAUCAACAAAUCGGUGGUCAGCAAGGAGCCUCGUCACUCUGCUCGCGCGUUGCGUAAGUUCUUCACCAAGACCAGAAGACACAUCAACCGCAACGUGCUCACUGCGACCGUCGAUGAGGUGCUUGCAAAUGAGAAUGAACUCAAGGCCAAGCUGCACUCUUACGUUUCGAAGCUGCCCGAGCCUAUGGAAACGGUGAGUGAGGAGACCAAGCCCGCUGCUGCGGCGAAGACGGAAGAGCCUGCUGCUGCUGCUCCUCUGCCCCUCCAGCCCGAGGUGGAGAUUUACCUCCGUCUCGUCACCACCAUCGCCCUUGUGGACAACAAGCUCUUUGACGAGGCUGCCGCUUGCUCCACGGACAUGAUCAAGAGCCUGCAGACCUACAAUAGGCGCACACUCAACCCUCUGGCCGCCAGGGCCUUCUUCUACUACUCUCUUGCCCAUGAGCACUGCAACCGUCUGGCCGAGAUCAGGCCAACAAGCAGCCUGCGCCAUGACGAUGAGACGCACGCCACCAUCCUCAACCUGCUUCUGCGCAACUACCUGCACUUUGGUCUCUACGACCAGGCCGACAAGCUCCAGGCUAAGUCCGUGAUCAAGGAGGACUCCGUCUCCUCCAACCAGCUCGCCCGCUUCCGUUACUACCAGGGCCGGAUCAAGGGCAUGCAGCUGGACUACACAGGCGCCUACACCUACCUGCAGGAGGCGAUCCGUAGAGCGCCCUCGAACUGCGCUACUGGUUUCCGCGUUACGGUCCACAAGGUUGCGGUGAUUGUGCAGCUUCUGAUGGGUGAGAUUCCCGAGCGGUCGGUGUUCAGGACGAGCGGACUCAAGGUGGCGCUGAGGCCCUACCUCAAGCUCACCCAGGCCGUGCGCGUGGGCGACCUCUCCGCCUUCCACGAAGUCGUGAAGACCUUUGGCGACGUCUUCCGCGCAGACAAGACCUACACUCUCAUCCAGAGACUGCGCCACAAUGUGAUCAAGACCGGUCUGCGUAAGAUCAACGUCUCCUACUCGCGCAUCCGUCUCGCGGAUGUGUGCGACAAGCUGCGUCUGGACAACGUCGAAGACGCCGAGUUCAUCGUCGCCAAGGCCAUCAGAGAUCAGGUCAUCGACGCCACGCUCGAUCACGAGGCCGGCACCCUCCGCUCCAAGGAACUCAUUGAUGUAUAUUCGACCACGGAGCCGAUGGAGGCCUACCACGCCCGUAUCAGCUUCUGCCUCAAGAUGCACAACGAAGCCGUCCGUGCCAUGCGCUACCCUCCCAACAUGCCCAAGGCCUUCUCGUGGGCGGUGAAGAUGGUGCUGACAUCGUCCGUGGAUCGACUUCACCAGACGUCACCGUUGAGCGAGGAAGAGCAAAAGGAGAAGCGAGAAGCCGAGAGCGAGAUCCUGGAGAAGGUGCAGGACGAAGACGAUGACGACGAGGAGUUCUAA